AUGGAGAAAAUGGAAAUGGUUUCAUCUCAAUUACCUUUAGUAAAGGAUAGAGGUGAAUGGAAUCAAUAAACAUUUAUAAUACGACCAAAAUAUGAAAAGAAAACUCGAUAGAGUAUAGAUAAUCAAUUAGAGAUACAGUUUCCAUUACAUAGAGAGUUUGAUUUUGUAGCAAAUCAUGCUAUGGGUUUUAAAGGGAAAGGGAAUGUAGACUUAUUUAAAUUUUAUUAUCGAUUGUAUAUGAAAAAUAAGUUUGCAAUACAGAAAAUCAGAAAGGAGAAGAAAAUAAAGGAUGGAUAAAAAAAGAAUGAGAUUACAAAGAAGUAGUAAUUGAAUUAGACAGAAGAACCAAAUACAGAGGAAAUACGUAAUGCAUAUAAAACAAUAUAAAUAAAACCUCCGUCUUAACAAAAAUAACUGACAUUUGUAAGAGAAUGUAUUAAGAAUUUAUAAGAAAAAGCAUCAAUUGUUAAUAAGCAUAUCGAAUUCCCAAAAAUAGUUACUCAAUAAACUUAAGUAAAAAUAGUUAAUAUGGAUGCAACAAAAAUCCCUUAAGCAAAAACAAGAGAUUAACAAUUGGAACUAGAAGAGUUAAUGUUAAGUAGAGUAGUAUAGGCAAUUUAAGAAUCUUAGGUGGUUUCACAUGAAGAUGUAAGAAAAGUAAGAGAAAUCAUUCUUUAAAGACAUAAUUAAUUAAGUGAGAUGGAAAGAGAAUUAUAAUUAAAUCAAAUACUGGGAAUUAAAAAAUAAAUAUAUGAAAGAGAAGUUGCUAUGAAGAAUGAACUUAAUAAACCUCCAGGAAUAGAUAAUCCUGAUAAUUUUAAUGAAUUAAGCUCUAUCUAAGAAAUAUCACUUAUUCGAUCUAUGCAAUUUAAAUCUUAACCAAAUGUUAGUGUUACUGAAUAUAAAUUUAAUAAUUAUGAAGAUGAACCUGAAUCUAAUGAUAUUACUAAUAAAUCUAAAAUCGAUCUUAAGUAAAAAUAAAUUGAAGAAACACUCAUUUAAGAACAAUCUACUGAAAUGCAAUCAAUCUUAUAGUAAAUUAGAUCUACAUCUAUGGUUAAUAAAGGAAAUGAUACUGAACAUAGUAAAGAUAAAAUAGUAGAUAAAAAUAAUAAAUUAUUACCUACAUUAAAAUUCUUAGAAUAAGCUAAAUAAUAAAUUGCUUAAAGAUCUGAUAAUGAUAGUCAAUAACUUUCAUAACCAUACUUUUAACCAGAUAUAGAAGAUACAAGCAAAUCAAAAUUUUAAUAAAGUCUAUCAAUGGUCUCAUAAUUAUAAAAUAAAACUAGUAAAACUAUUAAAUCAAGUAUUAAUAGAUCUAAUUAAUUACCUUCUUCUUAAUCUAAUCAUCAUUCUAAUUAAUUAAGUCUUGAGAAAAAACCAAUUGAAUCCAUGAGAAAAAGUGCCUAUAAAUAAUCAUAAUUAAAUGAAGAUGUAAAACCUAAAUAUUCUACUAAAGAACUUGAUGAUAGUGAUGAAUUCAAAUUUGAAAGAUAGAACUAUUAUGAAAUGAAAUUUAGUCAAAUUUUAUAAAGAGUUAUUGAUUAAAAAAAGAUUCAAGGAGGAGAAGAAUCUUAAUAUUCUUAAACUCUCUCUUAAGUUGAAUCUGAAACUGUCUAAAAAAUUACUUAAAAUUUAGUAACUAACAUAAUUAAUAUGCAUAAAAAUCCAACUCCUGUUAUGGAUUAACCUUCGACUUUUAAUUGUUUAGAUAUUGAAUCUGACGAUUAAGAAAAAGUGACAUAAAGUAUACCUCUUAUGAAGAAUGAAGAAAUUCCAGAUGAACAUUAAAGACAUCUUUCUUAUAAUAGAGAUAUAACUCAUCUAGAUCAUACAUUUAAAAUUGAGAGUUAAGUCUCUCUAUCAGAUAAAAAAUUGAAUGAAGAAUAAAUUGCUAAUAUUAUUUAAUAGAUUUCAUAAUAAUUAUAAUAGGCUUAAAUUCCACAUGAUUAAAUAUAAAAAUAAUUAGAUGAUGUAACUAAUAUUUUGAUUAGACAUCCUAUUGGUAAAUUAUCAUCUAAAUUAUUGAGAUAAUCUACUACUAUUAUGUAAAAUGAACCAACUAGAAAAAUUUAUUUAGAAGAAACUAGAUAUCCAGCUAAACAACCUAAAAUUACACAUCAUAAAGAAUAAAUUGAUUAUUUAAAAUUUUAUGAAGAAAAUGCUCCAACUAAAUAAGAAAAAUCAAGAAAAAGUUAUAAAAUGCAUGAUUAAUCUAAAAGAUCUAAAUAAUCAACUAUACUCAAAAAUAUGUCAGAAGAUGAACGCAAACAAUUUCUAGAUUCUCAUAAAAUGAAUCUUUAAGAAAGAGCUAAUUCUCAAGAAAUGGAUGAAGAAAUGUAAUUUCUAUAAUCUGUUUUAGAUGAUUAAAAAAAAUAAAGAGAAUAAAUUUUUACUAAAAAAUCAUAACAUAUUUAAUCUGGUAAAAAUACAUCUAGAGAUUAAAUUGAUUUUGAUGAAUCAAGUGAAAAAUAAUAGAAUACAUUUCGUUCUCAUAAUCCACCAACUAAUAUCAAUUAUGAAUCAGAUCAAAUUAAAUAAGGAUAAACUGAAACCAAUUUCAAUAUUAAAAGACCUUAGAUAAAAUAAAAAACUGAUUAAACUUCUAAUAAAUCUGAAAAUGCAUAAUAAUUUUAAAUCUCAAGUUAAUAAGGUACAUAGAGAUCUGAACCUUUGAAAAGUAAAACAAAAAGAACAAAUCAAGAUGAAUAAUAGGGAUAUUAACCUGAUGGAUCAUCAAAAUCUUAAAUAACUUACAAAAGCCUUAAGCAAGGUUAUAAAGAUAGUAGUGAUAAAGAUAAUGAAAAAUAAGAAAUUUAUUCUCCUAAUACAUCAGUUGAAGAAGUACCUCAUCAAGAUGAAUAAGAUCCAUAAACUGAUUAAGAAGAUGAAUAAUAUGAAGAAAUUUAAUAAUAGAUAGAUGAAAAUGAUGAUACAAUUAAUGUAGCAACUAAGAGAAGUGUUAAACCAAAAACAGAAAGAUCAAAAAAAUCAGAUCCAAAAUAAUCUGAAAGAUCUAAAAAAUCAAAAUAAUCAGAUUAAUAAUCAUAAUUAUAAAUUACUAAAUAAAAUCUAAGAGAAAAAACACAAUAGUCAUAAUAUAAAGAAUAAGAAUAAAUAUUGGAUUAAUAAUAAAAUUCAUAGAAAAAUAUAUUACAAUAACCUAUUUAAAAAUAAAUAUCUUCUUAAUAAUAAUAAGAAUAAAUUUAAUAAGAACAAAAUAAUAAUAAUAAUAAUGAAGAUAGAUAAAUUAAAUUAAAUUUUCAACGUUAAGAUAGUAAUUAAAAUGUUACUGAAAAUUCAUCUUAAUAAAUAUAUUAAUAAUAAUAAUUGAAAAAUAGAACAAAUUUAUAAGAUAUUUAAUUGAAAAGUUUUUAGGCUUCAUAAAAUUAAUCAUUAGUAAAUAGUAGUGGAACACCUCAAUAAAAUAAUACUCCAGUGUAAGUUCCUGGUAGAAAAUAAGGUAGUAAAAAAACUAAAUUUGAAGAUUAAAGUAAUAAUAGUAAUACACCUUAAGCAAGAUUAUAAAGAGUAAAGACAAAGCUUUCAAGAUUUUAAGAAGCAACAAAUAAUAAUGAUGAAGAUGAAUAUGAUUAUGAUUGGGAUGAAGAGGAUCCAAGUAAUAAAAAAAAGAAAAUUACUUCAAAAUCAAGUAAAUCAACUUUAAGAAAUGAUAUACAAUCACCAUCUAUUUCUCCUAUGGCAAAAUAAUAAAAUCAAGCAAUUAUAGCAAAAAAGAAAGUGUAUGAUCUAAAAUAAGAAUAUGAACUAAUAGCUAAAUAAAAUUUAAGUUUAGCCGAUUUAAAAAGAGAUAUUGAAAAGAAAAUCUCUCAAUUAUAAAGUCCAGAUGAUGAAGCUAAAUAUAAUAUUUAUUUAUGUAAAAUAAUUUAAUAAUUUAUAUAGAUGAAUAACGUUAAAAACAAUUAAAGAAUUUACCUUAAACGAUAGAAGGAUUAAUAAAUGAUAAAAGGGAUAAUGAAGAUGCUUGUGGGGAUACUAUACGAAAAUUUCAUGAAAAUAGAAUGAGAUAUAAAGAUGUCAUAGAAAAGGAUUAAACACUUAAAUUUACUAAUCAAAUCUAAUUAGAUGAUGAUUAACAAACUUAAAUUAAUACUCAAUCUCAUCUUGAUGAAUACAUGAAAGAAGUCUAAAUGAAUAUAUAAAGAAUGAUUUAAUAGGUUUAAUUAGGUAAUAUAUAAUUAAAUUGAUUUAUAAUAGAAUAAAUGAGGGAUCAUCCAGAAGUUAGAAAAGAAUGUUUUGAUUAUGAUACUAGUAUAAUCUAAUAAAGAAAAAUGGAAUCAUAAACUAGUGAAAUUGUAUAGACUCAAGCAUAAAUGAAAAUUUAUGAAGAACCAACAUAAGAGACUUAAAAAAAGACUGAAUAUGUUGAACUAGAUUCAGUCAUGUCAAAUAUAAUUGAUAAAAAAUUUGAUGUCUUGGCUCAGAAAUUAAGGGCUUUGAAAUUCAAAAAUCCAGAGAAAUUUAAUUAAAUUGUAAAUACAGAAAUUGUAAAAGCAGAGUUAUUUUUAUCAACUACGAAACAUAAAUAUAUAUUAGAAUGA